CGUCGUCAAUCGGAAAAGUUCGACUUAGCCGAUGACUCCCAGCAGUCAUUGCCGCUGACUGAAGCGCCUGAAAAUAUCACAAUGCCGUUACCGCGUCCCGUGAGUGUAACGAACCGCAGUUUGUUGGACGUGUUUAAAAAUAUACUGACGCUAAACGAGUGUGUAGUAACGGUAAUUUUGAAAUUAUCUCCUAAAGAUCUAAUCAAGACAAUUCAUGGUGUCCUCGUGAAUUUGAUGGAUGGACUUGCGUUAACCGAACUAAAGCCGGAGAAAUAGCAAUAUUUCCAUGUCCUUAUUUCAUUUUGGGAUUUGAUGCUAAAAGGCUCCUUCUCGAAUACUAUUUUUAGUUAAUGAACUCAAUCAAAGUUAUGUAUAAUGAAAAUUUAUGAGCAAGACAAUGCCAAUUUUAUUUGACUACUUAGGGUAAAUCACCUUUUAUAGUCACAUUAUGCCUUAAGUAAAUUUAUUUUAUCAUAAACUAUUAUGAACUAUUAUUUUACAGCGAAGAUAAGCGUUUAAAAAGUACAUCAUAAUAAAAAAACAUUUAAUUUUUUUUUUUAAUUUUUGUUAUAUAAUACCCAUUUUAAAAUUAAUCAAGCAAGAUCCACAGGAUUAUAGUUAAUGUCACAGUGAAAUUUACAGUAGACAGAAAUUGGAACACGCGAUGUUCUUUUGAAACAAAGACAUUCAGUUCCGAAACUAGUUACGCAGGUUUGGACAAAAAAUGUGUUUAAAAGAUGGAAGUUGGUUCAAACAUCCGGAAACUAAUAAAUCGUGGUCUAAUUAUACAACUUGUGUAGACUUGGAUGAUUUGAAACUGAGAAAUCACGUAAACAUGAUUUACAAAUGGGGAUACGCCGUCUCGUUAGCAGCUUUACUGGUUUCUCUUUUCAUAUUCUUUUAUUUCAAAUGUCUAACUUGUACCAGAAUACAAAUUCACAAAAAUUUAUUCAUUUCUUUGGCAGUAAAUAAUUUUUUAUGGUUAUUGUGGUAUGAAGCAGUAGUUGAUAAUCUACCAGUAUUGAUGACAAACGGGUUGGGCUGUAAAGUGUUACAUGUUUUAGUACAUUACUUUUUGGUUGCUACAUAUUUCUGGAUGUUUUGUGAAGGACUAUACUUACACACUCUUUUGGUUGUCACAUUUCUAACAGAGACCAAGGUUAUGCCUUUACUACAUAUUGUUGGUUGGGGCAUACCGGCUCUAUUAGUAACCAUAUACGUAAUCGUUCGCACUAAUACUCCAGGCGAAACUUUACACUGUUGGAUACAUGAAUCAGUAUAUUUGUGGAUAUUAUCAGGACCGGUAUGUUUAUCUGUGUUGACCAACUUUGUUUUUUUGAUAAACAUUGUUAGACUUUUAUUGAUAAAGCUGCAUGCUAGACAAAUUACCAUGACCAGUCCAAAACAAAUAACUGCCAGGGAACGCAUUCAAUCUUUUAAUCUUCGAAGUUUCAAAAGAAACAAUGAAAGUAUUGACAGUUGUGAAAAAACUCAAACAUCAUCCGGCAGGACAGGCAAAGCUGUUCGAGCUACCCUCAUACUUAUACCUUUAUUGGGUCUUCAAUAUAUGCUCAUGCCAUUUCGACCUGAGGCCGGUACUUCUUGGGAGCCUUUGUACCAAAUUACCUCUGCAGUAGUUGUUUCCUUUCAAGGUUUAUGUGUCGCGCUAUUAUUUUGCUUCUGUAAUGGAGAAGUAUUAUCUGAAAUUAAAAAAAGAUGGAAACACUCGAAGGUCAACAAAAACUAUUCCUGGAAUCCGUGUUUAAGAGUUACAACAGUUUCAUCACAAAACCAACCCAAGUUACUCGUAACUGAAGAUGCACAGACUCAAUUGAAUUUCGUUUCCACAUCGAUAACAAAUGCCUAAAUAUUCCAGAUAAAAUCAUUAUUCGAAAAAAAUUAAAUUAAUCAAGAACAUAUGAAGUAGUCUAAUAAUAUAAUUACGUAUUACUUGUAUUUUUUCUUAUAACGAUUAUAUAACAUUUAACUGAAUUUUGUUUAAUUUUAGUCAACUUAAAAGAGAAAAUUAAUGAAAGAGAUUCUUUAAUGAUUACUUAUUUUGAAAAAAUAAUCAUUUUUUUAUUAUUUUAUCAAGAUGCUUUUUUUACUAUUGUUGGAGAUAUUUUUCAAAAAAAAUCUUCUUUCCUAUGAUUAUAACUUAUUAUUAUUAUUAUUUUUUUUUACUAUUGAAACAUACCUGUAAUAUAAUUUUUGUAAUAAUUUCUCAUUGAUGUUUCUUACGCUAAUUUAACGAGGGAGAUCUUAUUUAAACCAAGAUUUGUACUAUAGAUGUAAUAUACUGAAUAACUGAAAGAUUAUUUCUAAAAAAAAAGUGUAACUUUUAUAAAUGUAUAUUUAUUUUGUAUGUCUAGUCAUUGUAAACAUUCCUAUUGUA